ACACUUUGUAAACACUGUGAAAAUAAAUGCUAAAAUGGUAUUUCGAAAAGUUGUCCGCAUACAAUUAUUUUUGGUCUUGCUAUGCUUGAUCCACCAUCAGGCAACUGAAGCUAGAGCACCAAAGGAUUCUCGUCCUCCCCUACGAGGACGCAUAGUUGGAGGCUCUAAUGCCCGUGAAGGGCAAUUUGCCUAUCAGGUAUCCCUGCGAUUGGAUGGGUCUCACCUUUGUGGGGGUUCCGUAAUAUCGGCCGACUAUAUCCUAACUGCAGCCCAUUGUGUAUAUGCAGGAGGUGAUUCAGUUGUUGCUCCAUCUGUUCUAAGCAUUAUGGCUGGCAGCAAUCGACGCAAUAGCGGUGGUCAACAGAGAGAUGUCUCUGAAAUUAAAGUACAUCCCAACUAUACCGGAAGUGGAAAUGACAGCGAUAUUGCUUUGUUGAAAUUGUCUUCGCCUUUGGAGUUGAAUGAUGAUGUGCAAACCAUUGCAUUGGCUACUGAAGAACCUCCUCUUGCUGCAUUAGUUACCGCCUCGGGCUGGGGUCGCCUCAGUGAAGGCGGUGCCAGACCCGACAUUUUGCAAUACAUCAACAUGAUAGCUCUUCCAAACUCUGAAUGUAGAACUUGGACAAGGGUUUCGAACAAUGUCAUUUGUUUGCUUCAUUUGGAUGGACAGGGAGCUUGCAACGGUGAUUCUGGUGGACCUGCGGUCUAUAAUAACGAACUGGUGGGUGUAGCCAAUGCAGUGUUUGGUGAGUGUGGCACCUUUGGUCCUGAUGUUUACUCCAGUGUGGCCUUCCAUCGCGAUUGGGUGCUGAGAAAUUCUCAGGACUAAAGAACAACCAAGAAAGAACAUCAACGAAUAUUUUUUAAAACAAAUGUAUUGCAAAAUAGGGAUAAAAUUACAAUUUUUAAUUUAUUUGAUGGGACCUACACUAAGAGAAAAUUAAGUUUCAAGAAAAUAAAAUUAUUAAAGACACACA